AUGGCCGACAAAACUAUACCUAUUUUUGUUCCAUCAGAAAAGCCUGUGAAACUCGCAAAGUGGAAAAUAAAACAAGGUACUGUGGUAACACAAGGCCAAGUAUUAUUUUUAUACAAAGAUUUAGCGGGCGAUGGUGAAGAGUUAAAGAAAUUUAAAUCAUCACACGCUGGUACUGUGUCAUCGAUCAAGGUGAAAGAAGGAGACGUAGUAGAACCUAGUUCGGCUGUAGCAGAUUUGGAAGAAUGCCGCCAUCCAACAGUGAUGAUGGAGAUGUGCGCGGAGUGUGGAGCAGACCUCCGCAGCGAGGAGACCAAGAAGCUGGACGUGGCCAUUGUACCAAUGGUACACUCUGUACCUGAAUUAAAAGUGUCUGAAGAACUGGCACAAAAACUAGGUAAAGAGGAUGCUGAGCGUCUUCUGAAAGACAGGAAAUUAGUACUUCUGGUAGAUUUAGAUCAAACAUUAGUUCACACUACUAAUGACAAUAUACCACCCAAUCUAAAGGGAGUAUUACACUUCUUCCUAAGAGGACCUGGAGGGCCAGGGCGUUGGUGUCAUACGAGGCUUCGACCACGCACUCAAGAGUUUCUUGAAUCAGCAGCAAAGAACUAUGAACUUCACAUAUGUACAUUUGGAGCCAGGCAAUAUGCACAUGCCGUAGCUGAGCUCCUAGAUCCGGAAAAGAAAUAUUUCUCACAUAGGAUACUAUCCAGAGAUGAAUGCUUUGAUCCUAGAACUAAAGCAGCCAAUCUGAAAGCACUGUUUCCUUGUGGUGACAAUAUGGUUUGCAUUAUUGACGAUCGGGAAGAUGUGUGGAGACAUGCUGCUAAUCUAAUUCAUGUCAGGCCUUACUCCUUUUUUCAAUCGACCGGCGAUAUCAAUGCACCGCCACCAAUUGAAGAGAAACCAAAAUUGACGAUCGGCAAAAAUGGUACUCAACCACAAGUACAAGAAAUGCCGACUUUAGAUGCAGAACCAGAUGAAAAUCUAGAAAAACCUGCUAACAACUUUGAAAAACCUACUGAAGGUAGCAACGGAAAAGUCAUAAAAGAAGUAAUGGAAGAGAAGCCAGUUGAUAUUAAGGAAGGCAAUGAAAAAAUUGAGGAAGUUGAAUUACCGCCAGCUGAGCCAGUAUGGACAGAAACAUCUGAUGGACAGAUAGAGGUGGAAGAUCCUGAUGAUUAUCUUAUCUAUUUGGAGGAUAUUUUGAAAAGGAUACAUAAGCAUUUUUAUGAUGUCUAUGACAAAAUGGGUCAGAAACAGAUACCAGACCUUAAAAUAGUAAUACCUGAAGUUAAAAGUGAAGUGUUGACUGGAACUAGCUUAGUGUUUAGUGGUUUAGUGCCUACACAUCAGAAACUGGAAACUUCUAGAGCAUAUCUUGUGGCGAGAAGUCUUGGUGCCGAGGUGACACAGGAUUUUACUGAUAAAACAACUCAUUUAGUAGCUGUUAGAGCAGGCACGGCAAAAGUAAACACAAGUAGGCGAAUCACUGAGAAGAAAUCCAGCAAAUUACAUGUUGUUACACCAGAUUGGCUGUGGUCAUGUGCGGAACGAUGGGAACGAGUGGAAGAGAAAUUAUAUACAUUACAAAGAGGUGGACAGAGCAGCUGUCGUCGGCCGCCGGCGCACUGCAGCAGCCCGCCCCCGCCGCCCGCGCCCGUCGCCGCCCUCCGCCGUCGCACGCCCUCGGGACGCUUCAUGGACACCAUCAACCCGCUGCUGUCUUUCUCCAGCGACGACAUUGCUGAUAUGGACCGAGAGGUUGAAGAUAUUUUCAAUGAAUCAGAUGAGAGUUCCACUGAUGAUGAGAAACCAUCCCAAGAUGAUGUUGAUGAUGAAGAAAACUUAAAGGAAGAUCAACUAAUUAGGAUAGAUGAAGAAAGUACUCAAGACAGAUUACAAGAAACGCAAGAUAGCUCUAAUGAGUCAGAAAACGACGAAGAACAGCCAAGACCACGGAAACGACCGCGAAAAUCGACACCGCCGUCAGACGAGGAGCCGCCGGAUGAUGACGACAGCUCUUGGAACUUGAUGGGCGCGGCACUUGAAAGAGAGUUCCUCGCGCAAGACUGAUGUCACCUCUACACCGAUGUUUUAAAAAUACAAGCACCCUGUUCAAUAAACCGUUCUUUUCUAA